ACUAACAGUAGCAUGCAAAACCUUUAACUAAUAAUAAAAACACAAGCAUUAGACAUCUCGUUGGCUCUAGCUCCUAGGAAUCUAGGUAUAUAAUUAAUACAUUGUACCUGUUUCCUCUAUAUAUAUACAAACUCCUCUCCUUUCCUUUCUCACAGCUGAACAUACAUAUACUAGAAAGUUUGAGAUUGAGGGCAACAAAUUAAAGCCAUAAUGGCCAAGCAAUAUGAUCAUCAAAAUUGCCCACCGGUUUCAAUCACAAAAACCAUUUCUGUAUACCCAAAAAUCCUACGCCCACAAAAAGUUCUCAACCUCUCCAACUUAGACAGGCAGUGUCCAAUCCUCAUGUACUUGGUUUUCUUUUACAAUCCAUCUCCUGCUGGUAAAAUCCUGACCGUUGAUUCGGUUUUUAACAGCUUGAAGAGUGGAUUGGAAGAGGCUUUGUCAAUUUGGUACCCUGCAGCAGGGAGGUUGAGCUUGAAUCCUAGUGAUGGAAAGCUUAACCUAUGGUGCAACAACAAAGGUGCAGUACUUGUUGAGGCAAUGAGCCCGGUUAAGAUCUCGGACCUCGGUGAUCUUUCUCAGUACAAUGAGUUGUUGGAGAAGUUGGUUUUCAAGCCUGAUUUUGGUGGGAAUUUCUCCGACAUGCCACUGGUUGUUGGUCAGGUUACAAAGUUUGGAUGUGGAGGAUACUCAAUAGGAAUUGGAACGAGCCAUUCGUUAUUUGAUGGACCAGCAGCUUAUGAUUUUCUGAGUGCAUGGGCUUCUGCUUCUGCUGUCCUGAAACCAAACAAAACUACUACUGCUACUGCUACUAGUAGUCUACCAGAGCUUUAUAAACCAGUGCAUGAAAGACCUUUACUCUUGCUUGGUAAUUCUCAGUUUCGAUCACCCCCAAAAGCCGUCGCUAAUAAUUUGUCUAAAACCAUAACUACUAGUAGUGGUGCUGCGGCCAUAGAUCAUCUAUACCACUUGAUAAUGCAAGCGGCUGCUGAAGGAAGCCUCCUCCUCACUCAUAGUACUCCUGGAUCUUCUUCUUCCACUCAUAACAAUUAUGUUCUCAAGACCUUUCAUCUCAGCGGUAACCUCAUUGAAAAUUUGAAGAUGCAGGUUUUCAAUCAGAAUGAUGGUUUUUCAUCUUCAUCCUUUGAGGUUGUUGCUGCUCACUUGUGGAAGGCAAGGUCUAAAGCCUUAGGACUAAAGAAGGAAACAAUGGCAUGCUUGCAAUUUGCUGUGGAUACGAGGAACAAAGUGGUACCCCCACUGCCUAAUUCAUUCAGUGGCAAUGCUUAUGUACUUGCCUCUGUGGCUUUAAAAGCUGGAGAACUGGAGCUAGUUAGCCAUAAAACCAUAAUCCAGAAGAUAAGGGAAGCCAAAAACUCUGUCAACAACGACUAUGUCAAAGCCUACAUGGAGGGGCUUCAAGGACCACAGGGUGGUUCUCUCCCUCCAUUGAAGGAGCUAACCAUAGUUUCUGAUUGGACAAGGAUGCCAUUUCACAAGGUUGAGUUCUUACAUGGACACGCAGCAGCCUAUGCAUCUCCAUUGCUUACUCCAAUUCCUCAGGUUGCAUAUUUUAUUCAGAAUCCUAAUGACAACAAAGGAAUCCAUGUCAGAAUUGGGUUGCUUCAGCAAUAUGUCGAUGCUUUCUCUCGCUACUUUCUCACCGCCGGUCGAUAAAAUAAGACAUUAUUUAGCUGUUCCUCUGUUUUUUCUUUUCAUUUUUUUUUAUAUUUUAUUUGGAACUUUUCUCCCUUUGUUGGUGAGCUUAGGUGAUCUGGGAAAGGAGAUCAUUAGAAGAUGAUUAUAUAUAUAUAUAUAUAUGGUGACAAUGAUAUUGUCAUAGUGAGUUAGAAAAACUAAUAAUAAUCUGAUAUAUAAAUAUGUGGAAUGUGUCGUUUGGUAAGACACAUUUCAGAAUCCAAGUUAUAAUAUUACAGUGGACAUGCUUUUUAGCUUUUU